GUUCGGCGAUCCUUUAUUCGCCCUGUUCAUUGGCACUUCAGCUGCCUAUGUCCGAAUUCGUCGUGAACACCGAGAGAAGCAUCCUGAUGCGCCCAGUGACAUGCUCUCUAUACUAAGUUUGGGCAAGGGGAGAGUGGUGAGGUGGUGGAAUGGAUGGCAGUAAGGACCAUCUUCGUGAGCGAUACUUGACACCCAGCGCCUUGAGGAGCGGUAUUGGCAUCGCUGUACGAAACGAACGGUCAAGUGUUGUGGAAGACGUAUCGAUCCGAGGGCGUGGCGAAGAAGCGAAGAAAUCGAUUCACAGUAUAUGCGAUUAUAUCGAUUACAUGUCUCCUGAACCGCUAGCUGCCUGCGCAUUACCUGCCAGCAACAGGGAAUACCCCGAGCUUCUCACGUUGCGUGGUCACGGAAACCAAAGGAGUUCUAGGGCCAUUGCUUUGUGGAUGUUGAUUCACUUGAUUCAAUGCCUCACUCUACCUAGUGCAGCGAUUUGAGCGAGGAACACGGAUUUCAGAGACUACCAACGAGUCCAAAGUCAAAAACACAAGAGAAUCAUCACAUGAAUAAUAACUACAUUGUUAAUUGCAUGAGAAGUCCGAAGAGAUGAUCAGUGUGCUGUACAAAUACCUAAAAGCAUGAGUGAACGGGAAACACACUUCGGCGGCUUGCUCCUCGAUUCCUCAGGUCUCACUCAAUCUGGUCCACCGGCGUCCAGCCAAGUUUCUCAAGCGAUCACAGCUACGGUAUUAUUCUAGGAUUUAAUGGGUUUCUCCUCAACGGGGCUACAUGUAUCACCCUUGAUUGUUGCCCAGUAGGCUCCAUUACAGGAGGCGGUAUUUCCUGAGGACGCGUUCCAGGAGGUCCCAUUCUCGAACCAAAUCCCAUCUCGCGGCUAAAUCCCGAUUCCGGAUACGGGAGCCGGAGUAAACGUAUUGAACCUUUCGCGCUCAAAUCGAUUCUCCAGCCUAAACGAUCAAUGAGCAUCUGACAAAGUCCCAAAGCCAAUGCAAAAUAGACACCGUGUCCGUCUGGCACUAUGGAACCGCUGCUAUCCACAUCUUCAAAUGAUCGGUCUACUAGUACUAACGGACAGGCGUGGCACAUUUCGUGGAUUAAUACCUCAAGAAUAUCGUCCAUCCUCUCACUCCCUGUCCCUGCCAAAUCGGUGUCGAAGUGUGUGGCUGAGAUCUCGAUCACGACGGGAUUGCCAGGAUAUGUUACCCCCUUGGUGUUGCGUUGCACUGCAUCACCCGACCCAAGGUACGCCUCUUGUUGGAAUUUAUCACCGAAGAAUAUCGUAUCAAGAUCUUGAAAAAUGGCAAGAGCUAUUAUCCUCACUGGAAGUUUCUGGAAUUGCGAAUCGUAGUAUAGCUUUCGGACGAUUGUUUCCGCAGCCUGCCUUCUCCGGAGUGAUAAGAAACAGGCAAGACAGUUUUCCUGAAGCUUUGCCAUUGCGUUGCGGAGGUCCAUACGAAUGGAGUU